AUGUACUUGACAUCACAAAAGUUACUGUAUUCUGACAUGAUUUUCGUGACAGAUUUAGGAGUUCGACAGCGUAGGUUGGAAGGUGAAGAGUAUCUAUCAAUUGUGGAUGAAUUCAUGGAAGCUGUACACGCUCGAUGGCCUAAGGCUAUUGUGCAGUUUGAGGAUUUCCAAAUGAAGUGGGCUUUUGAAACCCUGAAACGAUAUAGAGAAAGGUUUUGCAUGUUUAAUGAUGAUAUACAGGGCACGGCUGGUGUUGCACUUGCUGGGCUAUUGGGAGCUGUAAGAUCCCAAGGUCGACCAUUGUCUGAUUUUUUGAAACAAAAGAUAGUUGUGGUUGGAGCUGGGAGUCUGUUUUACGUGAUACUUUUUUGCCUGGUGGGCAGUGCAGGGCUUGGUGUUCUUAGUAUGGCAGUCCAGGCUGUUUCAAGAAUGUCAGGGGCCAGUGGAACGGCUUCCAACAGUCAAUUUUUUUUAAUUGAUAAAAAUGGUCUUGUCACCACAGAAAGGAGCAAUCUAGAUCCAGCUGCAGUUCCAUUUGCCAAAAAUCCAAGAGAUGUUGAAGGGCUUACAGAGGGUGCUAGUUUAAUCGAAGUGGUUAAGAAGGUUAAGCCACAUGUGCUCCUUGGAUUGUCUGGAGUUGGUGGUGUUUUCGACGUGGAGGUGCUUAAGGCAAUGAGAGAAUCUGUAUCAACAAAACCGGCUAUCUUUGCAAUGUCUAAUCCCACCGUAAAUGCCGAAUGCACUGCUAUUGAAGCUUUCAGUCAUGCAGGAGAAAAUAUAGUUUUUGCAAGUGGAAGCCCUUUUGACAAUGUAGAUCUUGGAAAUGGAGAAGUUGGCCAUGUCAACCAAGCCAACAACAUGUACCUGUUCCCAGGGAUUGGUUUGGGGGCACUUCUAUCGGGUGCGCGUCAUAUAACAGAUGAAAUGUUGCGAGCAGCAGCUGAAUGCCUUGCUUCAUACAUGAAAGAUGAGGAGGUCCAAAAAGGAAUAUUGUAUCCUUCUAUUGACUGUAUUCGAAAUGUUACAGCUGAGGUUGGGGCUGCUGUUAUAGGUGCAGCAGUUGCUGAAAAUCAGGCUGAAGGACAUGGUGAUGUGGGGUUGAAAGAACUAGAAAACAUGUCAAAAGAGGAUGCUGUGGAGUACGUGAGAGGCAAUAUGUGGUACCCUGAGUAUUGCCCCCUUGUUCAUGAAAAAUAA